AUGUCUGGUCCAUCUCUAGCAGCUACAGGCAUCAAUAUCAAGCCUGAGUUGGAAGGGGCUCAAUCUACAACUAUCUCCGCUUCCGCCAGCCUUCGACCCUCUGGUCGUGUCCACGAUAUCUUCAAUGUAUCCCUACCAUGUACUGAUCCAAAUUCUCUCUGGGACAUCAACCUUUCCUUCUCUGGCACCAUUCAGAAGGCGACUCCUCAUAGUCCAGACCUGUUGGAAGCCUUGAAGGAUGACACUUCUUCACCAUACAUAAAUGGCCACGGAGCCUUGCUUGCUCCUGCCUUGUGUCAUCCCCACAUUCAUAUCGACAAGGCCUAUCUGCUUUCUCACCCCAAAUAUGCUCAUCUACAGAUCGAAGAGGGUUCCUUUGACGAAGCCAUGAACCUGACUUCCAAAGCAAAAUCGAGCUUCGAACAUGAUGACCUGAUCGAACGUGGCUUGCGAAUCAUUGGCGAGAGUGUCCAAUCCGGAGUAACUUCUAUGAGGGCCUUUGUCGAAGUUGAUCCCAUCGUUGGCCUUAAGUGUAUCGAAGCAGGAAAAUCUCUCAAAGACAAGACCGAACUUCGAUGCCACAUUCAACUGUGUGUAUUUGCUCAGCUGCCUCUGUUCUCGGGCGACGAUGGAGGCGGUGAGAUAAGACGUCUUGUUGAAGAAGCUGUUGAGCCGUCAUAUGCUGCUGAUGUGCUGGGAAGUACACCAUAUGUCGAGGACGAUCGCGAGAAGAUGAAGAAGAAUGUCGAGUGGACCAUUGACCUUGCUCUUGAGAAGGACCUCCACCUGGACUUCCAUCUCGAUUACAAUCUGGACUUUGAUACCGAGCCGCUGGUCUGGUAUGUGAUUAAUACGCUCAAAGCUAAGAAUUGGACUAGCCGUACCAAGAAGACUAUCGUCCUAGGACACUGUACUCGUUUGUCAUUAUUCGGAGACGACGAAUGGAAACGAUUAAAGAACGAGAUUGCCGAUCUGCCCAUCAGCUUUGUCGGAUUGCCAACCUCUGAUUUGUUCAUGAUGAGAACAGAGACCGGUGCUCGGGGAACUUUGCCUGUACCCCGUCUGAUCAAAGAAUAUGGCUUCAAUGCUGCCAUAUCCAUCAACAACAUUGGAAAUGCCUUCACACCACAGGGAAGUUGUGAUCCGCUAUCAAUAGCCAGUUUAGGUGUUGGUGUCUACCAAGCCGGCACAAUGAGCGAUGCAGAGAUUCUUUAUGAGUGUAUCUCUACCAGGGCCAGGACUGCUAUCGGGCUGUCCAAUGGAGCUGACUCAAAGUCUUCAAAUACGCUCUCGCUAGAUCCCAAGCAAUCCGCAGAUAUGCUUCUGUUCAGCAAGCACGAUCCGGAUUGGAGCACCAGACGUACUAUUCCAGAAGCCGUAUACCUUUACGAUGGGUGUGGCAGAAGGACAGUCAUUAAAGGCGGAUUGUUAGUCGAGUAG